GCAGUUCUAAAAAGUUUGUUCUGACGUUUUUGAAAGAUCGCGACUGUUGUGGUGCACGUUUUGACAUUUGUUUUGGCCUGCUCCUGUAGCCAACUGAGAUGCAGUAAAAGAUAUGGUAGGUGAUAUACCUGAAAUUGGGAGGAAGACAAGUUGCAAUUGUUAUAGGAGGUGCAUCCCCUGUUGUGUGUGCUCUUGUGGGUCUGUGAUGGCAGCGUUCCGCGGCGUGUGGACACAAGACUUCUGGCGUGCCGUCUUCGGCGAGCUUCUGGCCAUGACCCUGUUUGUCUUGCUGAGUCUGGGCUCCACCAUAGCCUGGGGUUCCCCAACGAACGCCACCGCCCCAGCCAGCAGCACCUCACCCACUCACCCUCCUGACCUGGUGCUAAUCUCCCUCUGCUUUGGCCUGGCUAUAGCCACGCUUGUCCAGUGCUUUGGCCACAUCAGUGGUGCCCACAUCAACCCGGCCGUCACCGUGGCAAUGGUUGCCACGCGGAAACUGAGUCUGGCCAAAGGGGUGUUCUAUGUGGGGGCGCAGUGCGUGGGGGCGAUGAUUGGGGCAGGGAUGCUGUACGCCAUCACUCCAGAGGCUGUCAGGGGUGGCCUAGGAGUCACUAAGGUGAACCCUGGCAUGUCGGUUGGCGCUGGUCUUUUAGUAGAGCUCCUCAUCACGUUCCAGCUGCUCUUUACCAUCUGUGCCACCUGCGACCCAAAGCGGACUGACCUGAAGGGGUCGGCAGCCCUGGCCAUCGGCCUGUCUGUGUGCACUGGACAUCUGUUUGCUAUUCCAUACACCGGAGCUAGCAUGAAUCCAGCUCGAUCAUUUGGACCAGCGGUGGUCACCGCCAGCUGGGAAAACCACUGGGUAUAUUGGGUCGGCCCCGUAAUCGGGGGACUCCUUGCAGCGGCCAUGUACGAGUACCUGCUGUGUCCGGACUCCAAAAUGAAGCAGCGCUACUCACAAGUGUUCUCGCGAGGACGCUUCCCCUCCGAGCCGCUGGUGGUAGCUGACCCGGACCUCGGAGACUUUGCAGAGAAGCAGCCGGCCUUCACAGUGCUGGACGUGGAGCGCGCCGAGAGGCUGGAGCAGCGAGAGCGCGCGCCCACAGGCGAGGUGCUAUCUUCAGUAUGACUAGUGAGGGUCAGGGAGGGGGAGGACAAGAGCACCGGAGCAGAUGCUGCUAAUCCUAAUGUGAAUGCUAAAGCUAACGCUAAGCUGCGCUACUCAACUAUAGCACGGCUUCAAGAGACUGACCUGCUGUAAGAGACGGACCACAACACAGGGUGUGUGUGUGUGUGUGUGUUUGAGUGUGUGUGUGUGUGUGUGUGUAUGUGUGUGUGUGUGUGUGUAUGACUACUUGCAGUGGUGUACAUCUGCUUGCCUCAUUGCUACUCUGUCCUCAGACUCUGUAUCAAGCCCUCUGCAAUCAAUCAAAGUGAUUGAAAGCAAUGCUUUACGGACCGACAGACUGUCAAAGACACAUAAAGAAACACACACACAGGAAAACACACUUAUAAACAACAGAUAUUUUAAACACAAACACACACACACACACACACAUAUACACACACACACACAAACACACACACACACACACUUCUGAAUAUACUGACUGCAUACAGUACUGGCACUGUCAGGCAAGUCACAUACAGACAUGGGUGCUGUCCCCCAAAUGUAAGUAGGCACACAUCCCUCAGAACACAUCCCUCAGAACACACCCUCAGAACACAUCCCUCAGAACACACCCUCAUCCAUCAGAACACCCUCAGAAUCCUAAGAAAUCACAAGCUGAGAUUUUAGUGUCCUCUUAGUGUCCUCUUCAGUGUGUCAUGUGAUUUUAGUGUCUCAUCCUCUCCAACUCCUCAUGUCCAUUUUUCCAUACAAUGACCUUUAAACCCUACCCAACUCCUCCUCAGGGCACAUUGAAUGAGAGUCUCUAUGCUAUGUAAUUUUGAUUUGCAUUGUAUUGUUGUUGUUCAGUUUUGUAGACUCUAUUUCUCUGACAUAUCUCACAUCAUAGUGCCUUAGCCUCAGAUUUAAAGACAUCAUGUCACGGUCACUGCAGGGCAGGGUAGCCUUUAGGAAAGGCUCUGCCUCCAAUCUGACUAGACGACAGAUGGCAUUUGUGCCUUAUAGACCAGCAUGCAUGACUGCCAUACUUUAUAAAACAUAAAUCAGAGGGCUGCUUUAUAUUUUAGACCACUGACUUUAGAUUAAUUUACUGUAUUUAUUAUUUUGUAUUGUAGACCACGGGUAUAAUAGCUUUACUGAACAAUGGACCUGAUUUUAUUUAGAUUAUAGAGACUUUGGACAUACCAUAUGGAAUAAAUAGGCCUGCAUGUGGUGUGAGAAAAUAAUAUGUGAUUAAAUACUAUGAAUUACUAGAUUAGAAAUAAGAAUACUAGAUUAUUAGUGGAUUGUGGUGGACUAAUUUCUAGGAGUGAUUUGUAUUUAUUUUAACUUUUGACCACUUCUUAAAUGUGAAACUGUUAUUACGUACUUGAUUAGCACUGUUUCUGGAUAAGUAGCUAGUGAUUGAUUGUUCAACAUUCUAUUGUUCUAUUGAAAAUUGAUUGACUUUAACAAACCCUUUCCAUCUACAGACACAUGGACACACAUACACACUUACACGCACGUACACAAACACACACACACACACACAAACACACACAAUAUCCAUGUAAUUGUAUUUUUUCAUGUUAGUUGAAUUCUUUCCAGCAUGUUUUUUAUGUCCAUAUUUUGUUUCUUGGUGUUUUAUGCCCCCGACGUUGUCUUCAAGGCAGCGCUGUCGGGAAGGCACUAUGGUUAGCCAUGGGUUAGGGUUAGGGUUAGGUUUAGGACAAGAUGCCUUUAGGUCGACGGUGGCCGCGCUGCCUGGAAGACAACGUUGGGGGCAUAAAACACCAUCGAGCCCAUAUUUUACAGGGAAGGAGUAUACUUUAGUAGUAAUUUGUGCACUGAAUUCAUGAAUGGCUUUGUGUACUGAAUUAUAUCUUAAAUUAUGUAUCUUAAAUACAUUGUCUCUGUAUUUGCUGGUGUUUUUAUGGUUGUAAAAACCCCUGGGGUUUCCUCACAAAUUCUUGCAUUUUCUCAAGGUUGCCAGUAGAGGGGAGCAGAGGAACACCUUAGUUACCUCCUUUGAAGAAUUUGUGGUUUCAGUACCCACUUUUCGAACCGACAGGACUUUGUUUUACCACCACCACCCCUUCACACACACACACACACACACACACACACACACACACACACACACACAGACACGCACACCAUACACACACACACACACACACACACACACACACACACACACACACACGUUUAUCUCUCACUCUAGAGAUGAAAGGAUGCAGACGGGGAGGGACUCCUGGCGUUAGCUUUGCUGGCUCCCUGUCUUCACUUCCUUUUCCCCUCAGCUAUUUAUUAAAAUUUAAACCCUAAUCACUCCAUUUAAUGAAUGUUAAUUAAAAAAAAAGAAACAUUUCCAGAUAGCCUUUUUAAAUAUUUAAAGUCCCUUUCCUUGGAGGGACUUACUGUAUUACAGUCCAACAUUCCUUAUAUUAGCAUAGAGAGAUCAUAGUGUGCUAUCAGGGCCGAUUGUAAUGGUCCAGAUGACCUGAGCUACACUUUUUCCAGGCUACUGCUGCAGACAAGUGGAGUUUGAGAAGGGUGUGGUGACUUACUGGCAUCCUGAAUCGUGGCCUAGAGCAAGCUCCUGCUAACAAUGGGCAAUUAAAUAUGGAAAUAUUCAUCAAAGCAUCUGUGUGUGUGUGUGUGUGUGUGUGAGUAUGUUUGGUGUGUGUGUUUAGGGUGUGUUUGCAUUGGGGUCAUAAAUAUUAAUUAUAUUAUCGUGAAAUAUUAAAUAACUUGAUGUUGAGAA